CACGAUGGCGGCGGGCGGCGUCCCCCUGGUCCCCGACAGCGUCCUGCUGGAGAUCUUCCUGUACCUGGAGCCCGCGGACGUGCUCUCGGCCGGGCGGGCCUGCCGGCAGUGGCACGAUGUGGCCCGCGACGAGUUCCUCUGGAAGGAGCUUUUCUACCGCUACUACGGCGUGUCCCGGGACGUGCCGCGGCACCCAGCUGCCGUCUCCUGGUAUGACGAGUUCCAGAGGCUCUACGACACCAUCCCCUGCGUGGAAGUGCAGGCCCUGAAGGAGCACAACGACCAGGUCUUGCACCUCAGCUUCUCCCACUCUGGCUGUUUGUUUGCGUCCUGUUCCAAAGACUGUACCGUGAAGAUCUGGAGCAAUGAGUUGGACAUCUCCCUGCAGCACAGCUCCAACAUGCGGCCCUACAACUGGAGCUACACGCAGUUCUCCCAGUUCAACUCGGAUGACUCUCUCCUCCUGGUGUCAGGAGUCUUUGUGGGGCCUCACAACUCCUCGUCAGGAGAGAUUGCUGUGAUCAGCAUGGAAAACUUCACGCUGCUUUCCAGGGUGAGGAAUAAACCCUAUGAUGUGUUUGGCUGCUGGCUGAAUGAAACCAACCUGAUAUCAGGCAAUCUGCAUCGGAUUGGGCGGAUCACCUCCUGCUCGGUGCUGUGGCUGAACAACGCUUUCCAGGGCAUAGAGUCUGAGAAUGUGAAUGUAGUGAAGAGACUGUUCAAAAUCCAGAACCUGAAUGCCAGCAGCAUCCGGACCGUGAUGGUGGCUGACUGCAGCCGCUACGAUUGCCCAGACCUGCUCCUGGACUACGAGGAGCAGCUGGCUGCUUCCUCCACCUGCCCAGUCUUUGAUCUCGGCAGUGACAGCGAGGAAGAGGAGACCAAGCCCAAGCAGACUCUGGAGCCAGACGUGCAGGAAAUGCCGGAUGACGGGGCUGUGACGGCAGAGGACGGGCUGCAGCAGUUCUUUGAUGAUAUCAUGGAGGGCCGGGUGAAGCCGGCCAUGACCGAGACAGAGUUGGAGACAAAGGUGGCUGAGCUGUUUGUGCGCACCAGAACUAAACCGCCAGAGCUGAACCUGCUCCCCACGGACAGUGACAGCAACACAAAAUACUUAAUCUUCACCACAGGAUGCCUCACCUACUCCCCACACCAGAUAGGGAUUAAAAGGAUCCUGCCUCAUCAGAUGACGACCGCCGGGCCGGUGCUGGGGGACGAGAGGCGCUCGGUUGAGUUCUUUGACUCGCUGGAUCACGUCAUUGACGUCCACGGGCACAUCAUCGGCAUGGGCCUCUCCCCGGACCACAGGUACCUGUACGUGAACAGCCGUGCCUGGCCCCGGGACUGCGUCAUCUCGGACCCGAUGCAGCCGCCCCCCAUCGCCGAGGAGAUCGAUCUGCAUGUGUUCGACCUGAAGACGAUGAAGGAGGUGAAAAGACCCCUCCGCGCCCAUCGGGCCUACACGCCCAACGAGGAAUGCUUCUUCAUCUUCCUGGACGUCAGCAGGGACUUCGUAGCGAGUGGGGCAGAGGAUCGUCACGGCUACAUCUGGGACCGGCACUACAACAUCUGCCUGGCCAAACUGCAGCACGACAACGUGGUCAACUCGGUGGCGUUCAGCCCGGUGGAGCAGGAGCUGCUGCUGACAGCCAGCGACGACAGCACCAUCAAGGUGUGGCGCUCCCCUCGCGUGGUGCGCGUCCAGCAGGCCAGGAAGCUCCGGCCCAGGAAGCUGCUCUUCUCCUGGCUCAUGAACCAGAAAAGCUGAACCCAGGUACACCUGCUCCUGCAGCUUCCUCACUGCAGCCACCUCCUCUGGAGCUUGCAGAGCUUUGAGCGCUGCACGACAGAGACGAGCUCUGGGCACACGAAUCCCAUCCGCCGAGUCGGGAGGGACCCCGAUAGCGGGAAUUGCUUCCCCCUUGGAGCAGCUGCUUCGAAGACAGAAUGUAAGAGCCGAGGGCAGUUCCUGGGCCCGGCGGGCAGCAGCCCGAGCUGGUCCCUGCAGGGUGGGCUCUCCACAGCUUCUCACAAACGCUGCUACUUGGUCACAGCUCUCUCUGGGUGAGCUUUGGUCUCUGAGAACAGACUGAGACUCGUCUCCAGCGUUUGUACCGCGUGAGCUGGGGACGUGGCUGAUCCCACCAGAGCUGCUGGCUGCACAGCACUUGGCAGAAGCUGCAGUGCAGGGCUGUGCUGCCUUACCCCAGGACUCUUUUAAUACACUAGUUUUAUUAAUGUUUGUUUGUCCCAGACCUCCACAGGCAACUCAUCUGGCUGUGCUGAGAGCCCCGGAGGGUGGGGGCAGCAGGGAGGCCGGGCUGGGGUCUCGUGAGGCCCUUGGGGUGCAGUCAGGGCCCUGCCCUUGUGUUCUGUGAGGAACUAUGUGCUGAUGGUGCCAGUUUCCAAACUCGAGGGGGAAAAGCCCAGUUGUAACGUGCUGGCUUUGCCUCCGUCGUCCUUGGCAAAGCAGCACUUCCAUAAGCUAUGGCAUGGGUAAUGUAUUUAUUUAAAGUGAUCUGCUGUCCGUUCCCCAGGGGCAGCUGUGGGAACGGCUGCUGAGUCUCGUCGUCACUUCCCUCCCAUACUGUUCAAGUUGUGGCACUUUAGGUUCUCUUGGUAUGUUCUCCAGGGGUAGGUGUGGGCACCCGGGGGUGGCUGGAGGUGUUUGCCCACAGGUGACGGGGGUGACACGGCCCCUCCUCGGCCUGAAGCGACAGGUGAAUGAGCUUCCCUCAGCCUGGGCUGAUAUGCUGGGGCUUUGGUGAUCAGCUCCCCCGGGCUGCUCUGAGGGUGAAGCGAUUACCAACUCCGUGUUUAUUCUGCGUCUGUCCCUGAAGCUUUUCUCCCUGCAGCAGGUACCCAAGUGUCAGAGCCUAAAAUUAAGUUCCUAAUCUUGACUUGGCCUGGGCCGGGGGUGACCCCAGGAGCCGCUGUCACUCCCGGGAGCACCAGGGCAGUUGUCGGUGCCACUCACAGCCUGGGGUUGCAAAUAGACUUACUGGAGGCAGCAGAUACUGUCCUGCUGGACCCUGGUGGCUUUAACAGCUCCCCUGGCCCUCGGCAGGAGGGUUUGUACCCUCAUUCUGCUGUGCCUCAACCGGUGCCCGUGGCUUUAUCCAAACCCUCCUACUCAGGUUUUCUGUCAUCAUGGGACUUCCAGAACUGAGAGUCCUUUGUGUGUGUGCUCACAGGAUCCACAUCCAGCUCUGUCCGGUCACACAGCGAAGGAACGGCCUCCCCCUUCCUGCUGCCCCCAGACUGUGAAAGCUCUUCUCCUUGGCUCGGUGCAGUAGUGAGCGAGGCACUGAGGGUUUAUGUUUGUACUGAGUUUUGCUCUUCACUAUGGCAUUGAAUAAAUACUCUGCUAAAGCA